AGAUGGGAUGGUACAGUAUCCGCGGUGAUGCGACCGGCCAAAUCAUUUUAUUCUCUCCAUUCAGACAAUGUAUAGUUAACAACUAUGCGAGUGGCAAGGACAAUCAUCGGUAUUUACAAAGACAUAUGCUAGUAACAUGUCGCGUAAAAGUAAUGUCAGUUUCUUGUCCAUUUUUUCGUUGGAAAAUCAGUCAGUCUUGAGCCUUGAUUUAUCUUGUUUAACAUACAAGGAAGCGCAUGUAAGGUAGACAGUGAAAUGUGCAAAAUAUAAUUGAGAAAAUAUGAUUUUUAUCAAGGCAAUGAUCCUCAACGGACAAGGGAUUGUAUUUCUUCUUUCCUUUCUAAUAAACACAUUAUUUUGUCAAAGCGAAGAGGCAUCUUGCCAUGGAGCUUUUGAUAUUUAUUUCGUUUUAGAUAGGUCUGGUAGUGUGUAUGAUAACUGGGGAGAGAUCUAUGAGUUUGUGGAGCAGCUCACCAACCGCUUUGUGAGUCCAAAGAUGAGAGUUUCCUUCAUAGUUUUCUCAUCUAGAGCGGAGGUGAUUCUACCACUAACUGGAGACAGGUAUGAAAUAGAGGAAGGCUUGAAAAAGUUAAGUGAAAUCAGACCAGCUGGUGAAACAUACAUGCACGAAGGAAUGAAAGUGGCUUCAGAGCAGAUAAAGGCCCAGGUCACACGGUCAUCCAGCAUCAUCAUCGCUCUGACUGAUGGGAAACUGGAGGUCUAUCCCUAUGAACUGACAGUAGAGGAGGCUAACGCGGCCAGGGAGUUUGGUGCUAGAGUGUACUGUGUCGGUGUGAAGGACUUUGAUGAGAGACAGCUUGUUGACAUUGCAGACAGCAAAGACCAAGUAUUCCCAGUGCUGGCUGGAUUUCAUGCACUCAAAACCAUUGUGAAUUCGAUUUUGAAGAAAUCCUGCACAGAAAUAUUCAGUAUAGAGCCCACUAAUGUUUGUGUGAACGAAUCUUUUAACAUUGUGCUGAGAGGAUAUGAUUUCACCCGUGGGAGGAGCCAGGAGGGAGUAAUCUGUGUUCUCACAGUCAACCAGAAGACCUACAAUGAGAGCCCUAGUGUGGUGCAGGAUGGCUAUCUGUUGUGUCCAGCACCAGUGCUGCAUGAAGUCGGACAAUCGAUAGAUGUGCUGAUCAGCUUGAACAAGGGUCAGUCCUACAUCUCAAGUCCAUUCACUAUCUACGCUACAGAAUGUUCUGAUGGGACAGUGGUGCUGGUGCUGGUCUUGGUCCUCCUCCUGUUACUGGCUCUGGUUCUGCUGUGGUGGUUCUGGCCGCUCUGCUGCACUAUUGUGAUCAAGGACCCCCCUCCCUGUCGCCCCCCUCCUCCCCCUCCUCCACCAGUACCUGAGCCUGAGGAGGACCCUCUACCCAAGAGGAAGUGGCCCAUGGUGGAUGCAUCCUAUUAUGGAGGAAGAGGUAUCGGAGGAAUGAAACGCAUGGAGGUUCGAUGGGGAGAGAAGGGUUCCACGGAGGAAGGUGCACGGCUAGAGAAAGCUAAGAACGCAGUGGUCACAAUGGUGGAAGAGGAGGUGGAUGAAACCAUUGGAAGAAAACCAAUGCCUCAUAGUCCACACCCCACCUAUCACAUCCCAGAACAGUCCAGAUGGUACACACCCAUCAAGGGGCGUUUUGAUGCUCUAGUAGCAUUACUCAGGCGCCAGUAUGAUCGAGUUGCUGUCAUGAGACCAACAGCACAGGACAGGGGGCGCUGUAUGAAUUUCACCCGAGUUCCCAAUCAUUAGGUCAAACACACCAUAAUCUGUGGACUAUGAGGCUAUGGAGAGAACAGGAGCCCAUAGCCGUGGGAAGAGUGGGUGCUGAGGGUGCUGAGGGUGCUCUCGGCCCCCUGAAGAAAAAAAUAUAUAGACAAAACAUUUAUUAAUACAUAUUUUAUUUUUAUUUAUAUAUAUUUUAUAUUUUAAAUACUUCACAAAAGUAGUACACUGGGGCUUUACUAGUCCUGGAUUUGCGGACCGAUAUAGCCGUCUGUAUCAGCACCCCCACCCUCAAACUACUUCCUGCGGCUAUGCAGGAGCCUAUGGGCAACAUACCUAAAACAUCCAACUGUAAAUGUGCCUCUCCUAGGACUUAUUAUUUAACAUGUAUUUAUCUGGAAUAAAACAGGGCUGUUCAGUAGCAUUCAACAAUGUUAGCUUGCUUACUUGCUAUAAAAUCCUCAUGUCACCGUUUCAUUUAUUGUCAGGAGUCAUUCAAGUUCAUGUCUGUUUAUUGGUCAUAUAAACAUGAUAUACGUGGAUAUACAAUUAAAUACUUAACUUACAGUUUCACCUCUUGACAAUAAAACAACAAUCGUAAGUAAUUAAGUGAAUAAAAGAGUACUAAAAAUAAAGCUCAGUGAAUUUUAAAAAAUUGGUACAAAAUGUUGAAAUUUUUUGUACACAGUGUAUUUCUCUUAUUUUUUAUUCAAGCUCUGCUGUUUCAAAUGUGGUUUUCUAAAUAAAGAUUUUUCAACAUUC